AUGAAUAUUUCUGAAAAUGAUAUGUAUUCGUUAAUACUAGCAGUUAACAAGAGAUCCAUGUUUAAAACUCAAUACGAUAUAGAGUUUAUUCACUCUAAAUUAUAAGACUAACCAUUUUUCAGAAAUAUGCAUAGACAAAUAGGAGACACUUAAUAUUAUAAAAUCCUUAAAGAACUCCAAUAUGAAUGUCAUUUACCUUAUGAACCUUAGGUAUAAAUAGGGGAAUAGAGUACUAAGUUGUAUUUUAUACUUGCUGGCAAAUUUCUACUUCUUACUCGCAAUCACUAAUCAAAUAUUUAAUUGCCUUCUGAAAUUUAAAAGAAAGUAGAUUCGCAAUACUCUCAUCUCAUUCCUUCAGGUUAUUUAUAUCCAGGAUAAUAUUUUGGAGAAUAAGUUAUGAUCUUUGAUUAAUCGCACACUCAAACAGUGUUGCCUUUAGAGAAAUCACAUCUCAUAGUCUUAAAAAGAGAGACAUAUCGAAGAAUUAUAGAAUAAGAAACUAAAAAGUAAGAAUCUGAAAGAUUUGCAAACUUAUGUUAGAUUCCUCUCUUUUAGAAGUGGAGUGCUAAAACAAUAAAAAGUUUAGUUUCUGAAAUUUAAGAGCUUAAUUUUACUCCUAAUUAGAUAAUUUAUCAAUAAGGAGAUCCCGUAGAUUCUGUUUAUAUUAUAAUUGAUGGAUAAAUCUAAUUAUAUAGGACAUACAAUAAAAAUUCAUUGCCUUUAUCUAUUAUGGGAGCUAAGGAAUGCUUUGGAGAAGAUGAAAUACUCACUCAAUUUAGAUCUCAUUCAGCUAAAUCCAUAAUAGGAGUUAAACUGUAUAGAAUAUUAAAAAAUAAAUACUUGGACCAUAUUCCUUAGGAUUACUCUAGUAAAUAUUUCAAAAAGGAUUCUCAUCAUAAACUCAGUAUUUAUUAGAAUGAAGACUAAUUUCGAAUUUAUAGGUCAGAAUCAUUAAAGAAUAUUAAUUCCCCUGCUAAAGUCAUGCAAAGAAUUCUGACAAGGAAUAAGGAAAAGAAUAAGACCUAUUAAUCUAUUUCGUUUCAGAAGAUAAAUGAAUUAAUGAAGAAGGAUUUUAGACAAUCCAAUACAUCUACUGUACUACAGAAGUCUAAUAGUAUGCACGAACAUACUCGAAUUCAUGCUACUGGAAAAUUUGAUAAGACAAAUUAUUUACUUAGUCAUAUCAGAAUGAGAUCAACAAGUUUAUGGAAAAAGACAAAGUGA